UCAUAAGCGUUUCAGACCCGCCAAACCUGCCGGCAAAAUGUUGACUGAAGACGCCAGGCAAGAUGUGGAGACCUUCUUCAAGCUCCACGAGGAGAGAGUCCGGAUCUACAAGAAGCUCGAGAGCGGGCACCGUGACCUGCUGGCGGCCCCGGCUGACCAGGGAGAGACCUCUGACGGCACGACGCCGGCCACCACCGACCCGUUCCCGGCGUACCGUGCUGCCGUCGCUGAGGCCACAGAUGGCUUCUCUUCAGUCAGUCAGCGCGUCCUGGCGCUCCUGGCGCGCAUGCGCAACCAGCCGACGGCCCAAGAAUGUACGGACGCUGUGGAACGGAUCCAAGAGCUGGAACGACGCAAACUGCAGAUGACCUGCGAGAUGCAGCUGCUGGCCUUCCAGCAGCGUCAGGAGCCGGAGGACGCUGUUCGAGAGCGGACACUGCGUCACCUGCGACAGCAGCACGCUACUCUUAUAGAGGACAUCACAGACUGUCUGAGGACUCUGCGCUCGGAACUAUAUGACUGACGUGGGAGCGGGGAGAGACUAUGGCUGAGGUCGUUAGAGCAGUGGGGAUGGUCUGAGCUGACCUUUAUAACUGAGAGUUGUGAGAGCAACGGUGAACAGUCUGAGCUGGCAUCUGUAUUACUGAGGACGUGAAUUUGUGAGAGCAGUGGAGGUUAUGUCUGAACAGCUUACAGCUUGGUGGCGACUGGCGAGAGCUUAGUCGAGACAUAUGCUGUGGGUCAUACGGGCAACGAAUAAGACAAGGAGUGCGUUUGAACGGUUGUAGCUACUGGGUUGUGCUCUAAAUGUUUGUCACCGAAUAGGCUGUUCGAUGAA